GAAUCAGCAGGAUGUGUCAUCAGGGAGCAGUGUGUCUGAUAGGAGCCGAGAAUAGGUCUUUUAUUAAACUGCAGUGGGCAAAUGGUCUGUUUGCGUUCUGAUGCAAAUACCAUGAGUCAGGGAUGAAGUAUUUAAAGAAUGUCUGGUUAUGCACAAAGUUAGGAGGACUAUCAGUUUGGACAAGGACGUCUGCAUUUGAAGUGAAUGCACCAGGAUUAGAACUAAUCAAAGGUGAAAUUCAUGUAGUUGGCUUGUCCUUUUAAAAGUGUGUGUUUUUUAUUUUAUGUCAUCAGUAAUAUAGUGGCAAGUUAGAUGAAUAUUAGCUGACCAAAAAUUGCUAAUAGUAAGACAAGAACUAUAAAGCGCUAUCAAACAUUAACAUUUAAACAACACAGUUUAAAAUUAAAAUAAUAAAUGUAGCUGAAAAAUAAUUGAAAGUAAGCAUAGAAUUUCAUAAACUAAUUUUUGAUCAAAAGUUUAAUGUAAAUUUGUAACCUUUUAGCUAGAAAUGUUUUUGAGGGAUAAGGCCAAACUUUAACCAGAGAAUAUCGUAAAUAGUAGUAGAGUGACCAAAAUAUAGCAUAAGUUAUAAAACCUAAUCAGAAAAAUUUGAGAUUGCUGCUGAUGCGGUCCAAUGUUAGUCCAAAAUGAAUCCUGAAGUUCUUCCAGGAGACCCCACCCACAUUAAUGCACAGAUCCAGAAAACGUCAAAAGUUAGCAAAAAGUACUCCUUGGUCGGAACCCUUCUCUGAGCCAGACACUGAAGUACCAGAGCUCAGAGGUAGCCAACAGACUUUUAAGAUUUCUAACUGCUUACUCUUUGAAUUUCCUUCUCACUUCUAUAUUUAACUUUGAAAAGUGUUUGUUAUUCAUCCACUUUUUUAAUUGUUUGAAAGUGCACAUUUUUUCUCUAUACGUCACUUUAACUCUAAGUUAAACUGUUACAUUGAACAUUUCUGUUCCACGUUCCCACGACCACAGGUCUUUUGUUUGCCCACCUUGUGACAAACUGAGCCGUGUUGACAUUGACAGUCCAAACAUUAGAUUACAGCAAGGACACGGGACCAGUAACUCCUCCCCCCGGCUCCUUAAUCCCACCCUUAAAUAAUCCCUGAGGAAAUCUCCUCUGCAGCACACGGUGCAGUGUGUGUAUGUUCAUAUUGGGGGACCCGAUGCAGGAGGUGGAGCAGUUUUCAGUCAUGGAGUUGCCAGAUUCCUCAGCACUUGUUUCUGACACAGAGAGCGUUGGAGUCAAAGUGCAUCGCCUUCUCUGUCUUAAUGUGUUUUUAACCUGGGUCUGAAGAGACAAGGAGUCCAGUUGGUUUUCUUUUUUGUUUUUUUUACUCAACCAGAAGCUUGAUCACAAAGCUAGGAGAGGAGAUUGAGAAGUUUGAAAGAAUGAUACUGCCUCGCGGCCCCAUUCCUGGCACUCCUCCAAGCUGACAGAAGAGGAGUUUGAGCCCGCUGGGAGGGAAACCCCCCUGGCACCAGUCUGGCAGCCAAAACAUGAAGCAAGACCCAAAGACUUGUCUCCAGAAGUGGAACAAAACCUUCAACAUCAACUAACCACACAGCCGACCUCCGUAAACAACAUGGAGAAACUUGACCAUCCGUCUCAUCCUUACAAACAAAUCCGUCUUUCGCCCACCAAAUACAUGAGUGGUGCUGAGACACUCGGUGGACCAGGGGCCAAAUCAGAACAAGGUUUUAUCAACAGCUCUAAUCCUCCUGUUCAUGACCAGAGUUUGUUAGCUAGGAAGGGUACCAGCACGGAAAACAUUUUCUUCAAGGGUCUUCAGGGUGAUGGACCUCCACAGACUGGGCGCCCUAAGUACCUCCAACCAACACUUGGUAAUGGAGGUUGGGAAGGGUCACAGGCAGAGGAGGUGCCUGCCUCUCGUGUUUCCAUUGCAGGGAGAACCAGCAUUGGCCCAGUGUGGCAGGUACCAGACAAAAAGAACCAGUCUUCUCCACCCCCACUUCCUCCACUGCGCAGUGACAGCUUUGCUGCCACAAAGGUGUUCCCUUACACUGAAGGGCCCAAUGGACCAACAAAGACCCAGGGCAGAUCAUCAGAAAAAAAUGCUGAAAAUAUCAACCAGAACAGCCUCAAAUCUCAGAAGGAGAAACCCUCAGAGGUCAGGCACAGCUUCACUCCACUCCCCACUAAAGAGUUUCUCCAUCCCAACACAGCAGCGGAUCACAACCACAACCAGCUGCACCCCAACAAACUCUUUUCUUUGUCUAGUACCGAUGUCAGACAUACUCCUUAUACCCAUGAACCUGCCCACCAGAGGCAGUACAGCGAUGAAAGCCCCUUCUAUCUGCAGACCAGGUCAGCUCAUGCCACCAGGGCUCAAAGUGUGGGAAGCUACUAUCGUAGUCUCCAGGAUCUACCCACAAAUCUUUUAAGCCGCAUGCAGAUCAGGAACUCCACAGUGUCUGCAGUAAGUUUAGCUGCAAAUCCAACAAAUCUUGACAGGAGGGGUCACAGUAGGCUCAUUGGUCCAACGAGCCAGAACUCAGGUCAGACGACAGAGCUCCAAGCAAGACAGGGCAAAAAUGACAGUUGGAGGGCUGAAACAGGUAAAACCCUGUGGGCAAACAACAGUGAACCAAGCUACUCAAGUUCAUUGAUGGGGAACAUUGCAACAAAAUACUCUCUACCUCAGUCCCAGAUGCCUUACAGUGAAACAAAGGAGGGCAAUUGUCAAUCCCUGUUUGGAAAUGGUCUUUAUUACGAACACCAAACCUCAGGACUUUCAAAUCAUAGCCGCAGCCCAGACGAUGCUUCCAGUAGAGUUGAAGGACAAAGUAGUGACAAGGACAGACGUUUUGCAACUCAGAUAAGUAAUGAUCAUAAAGUCAGUCUUCAUACACAGCUAGAUCCAUGGGUUCCUCAAGAAGACUACAGAAUCUCCCCCCAGAAAACCCCUCUACUUCACUCUCUGGCGCAGGAAAGUAGAAGUUUGACUGAAAGGCAACAGGCGAUGAUGACCUCCAGUGUCACUUCCACCCAAGAUAGUGGUGACAUGUCCAGCAAUGUUGGAAAAAUGAAUCGGCGUAGCGACCGUUACGCCACGACUCUACGCAAAGAAAUCCAGCAGAAACGAGCUCAACUGCAAAAGAGUCGCAGCGCUGCAACGUUGACUUGUAAUGUGGAAGAGGAGGAGGAAGGAGAGGAGUGGAGAUCCACUGGGACGUCUGCAUCUACCAGUGCUCCCUUCUCUAACACCUACAAAGACCACCUGAAAGAAGCACAAGCCAGGGUUCUUCAGGCCACUUCCUUUCAGAGACGGGAUCUUGGACCAGAGGCACCGGCAGUGAAAACCUCAAGUGGACGCAUCAGAGGACGUAAACGCUUCACUUUGGCAAAAGGAACACACUCGUUCUCAGAGCCUGACAAAAUUGACAAGGUAGGAGUAGAAAAAGACCCCAUCACAGGUUCUUUUGGAGAACAGCCAGAGUUCUUAGAAGUUAAACCAGCCUUUUCCAAACCCACACUAAAGACAAGUCAGGCCACAAAUUCAAACCUCGACUUGAGUGAGCUUAGCAAACACAAGGAGAGGGAUUCUUCUGUGAAACCUGAUGAAACCAACCCAUCAACUGACCCAACAAAUAACCCGACCCUGGAUCAUAACCAAACUGUGGAGCAGCAGAGGCUUGGGACUUUUGCAGAGUACCAGGCCACUUGGAACAAACAGAAGAAGUCACCAGAGGCAAGAAUUCAAGGGAGGUACCACUCUGCUGAGAACAUCCUGGACGCAGACCCCGAGGAAAAAGCCGUUUGCAUUCACGAGAAAUCUAGAUCUUCUCCUUCUGCUGACUUCUACACACAGAAUCUUUCCUUAACAUGGACUGAGAGUGAAGCACAGAGCAGCAACACAACCAGAGCAAAGUCAGAGAACAUUGUAGGAUUUAAACCUGACCACAUCCCACAGUCUAACCCAUCAGACCCCAGAAACAAGGACCUAGUACCAGGCUCCUCUGACCACGGGCCUAAACUAAGUACUGCUGAUCCCUCCCAAACCACACCAUCCUCCGGUCCUGGAAGCCUCAGCCCUAGCCUGGGCUCUCAGCUUCUCCAGACCAAGGGCCUCCUGCCACCACCCAGAUCCCAUUUAGGCCCAGAAACCACAUCCUCCUCCCAGGAAUUCCCCACUGGCGCCCAAGUGGACCAAGCAGAGCUCCUACCUCUGUCCGACUCCUGCACUGACACCCAGCGUUCCUCUGCUAGCCCCGCCCCAGCCAACUCCCCUCGUCUCAGUAGGACGUCUGCCCAAGAUGUGAGUGGAAGAGAUGUGGAAACAGAGCAGGAGAGGCAGCAACAGCCACUGCUACCACCACCACCACCACCACCUCAACUAUCCUCCUCCUCCUGCAUGAUACCCACAGCAGAUGGUACGCGGUCUCCUUCGCCACAGUUUGCACCCCUCAGACUGACUGACAAGCCACCAGCCGUGUCCGUGCAGGAUGACUCACCACUCAGUUCAGAGAAUGGUCCAAACGCUGUAGAAGUGAUGGAUUUGAACAGUCCAGGGAGGAAAGUCCCCGUGAAGAUUAUCCACACUGACAGCACCUUCGACCGGGUGGGACAAGCCUACCUUUUUCAGAGCAACGAGACCUGCAGCACCUUCAAACCUCUGCCACUAAACCCCAGCGUGGGUGCCUCAGAACACCAGGUGUCGUCUUCAUUCAGCGCUUACACACGACCGGUGAUUCAGGACCCAGGUUCAGCAUCAACCAGAGCUCAGGACCCAAAGACUGCUCAGCACACAGAGGAUGCCAAGAGAGAGGAGCUGGCCCGGGACAUCAUGGGUAAAGACAAGUCACUGGUGGACAUUCUUGACCAGAGUGGCAGGAAGACCACCAUGGAUCUCAUGGAGGGGCUGUACCCCUCAGAAGAUCACAUCCUGGAGGGAACCCACCAAAGGAGGAGAGCCUCUACUAGCGGCAGGCUUCCUGUCUCCUCUCCCAGGAGCAUGGAAAGGAGGGAGGAUGAAGAGGAGUUGACAGCAUCUGCAGCGUCCUCCUUGGUGCCCAGCUCCUCCUACUACAACACCUCAGCUCCCAAAGCUGAGCUCUUGAUCAAGAUGAAGGACAUGCAGGGGCAGCUGGAGGAGCAGGACUCUGAGGACGAGCUGGACGUUGACCUGGCCAGUAAAAAGCAAGAGCUGAUCUCCAGCCUGGCCAAGAAGCUGGAUGUGCUGCGGGAGGCACGGCAGAGCCUGCAGGAGGACAUGGAGGAUAAUGAGACUCUGGGCCGGGAGGUAGAGGCCACUGUGCAGCGACUAUGUCAGCCCAAACAGUUGGAAAAGUUCCGCAUGUUUGUGGGGGACUUGGACAAAGUGGUGAGUCUGCUGCUGUCACUGUCAGGGCGGCUGGCCCGCGUGGAAAAUGCCCUCAACAGCCUGGAGGAGGACGCUUCGCCAGAGGAGAAGCGAACUCUGACGGAGAAACGCAAGCUCCUGAUGCGGCAGCACGAAGACGCCAAGGAGCUGAAGGAGAACCUGGACCGCAGAGAAAGCCUGGUAUCUGGGAUCAUGGAGGUCCACCUGGACGAUGGGAGCUUGGAUGACUACCGUCACUUUGUCAAGAUGAAGUCAGCCCUUAUUAUUGAGCAACGAAAACUGGAGGACAAAAUCAAGCUGGGUGAAGAACAGCUGAAGUGCCUGUUGGACAGUCUGCCGCUGGAGCAAAGAUCUCUGUUCUGACACAAAACCUACGGUUCUGCUAUGAAUGAAGUCCAGCUCAGCAGUAGGUGCAACCUGUAGCAUUUAUCACUUCUACAUUUCAGGAUUUUUGUUGUUUGUUUUUUUUUCCAUAUAAUGUUGUUAUCACUCGGAAAGAACACAAUUGGAAUAGUUUGCAUGAAUCUACUAUUGUAAUUUUUUUUUAAUAUGCUGACAUUACAAGAACAAAGAAAACCAGGGCUGUCACUUUUGACCCAAAGUGCAAAAAAUGAGUUUAAUUUAUUUUUGUUUGAGAACAUGUCUCACUCUCUGACAGUGUCUGCAGUACAUUAAAGCUAAAUUCAACUUAAAAUCUCUGCGCUACUUUAAGUAGUUCAGGCAGACAGUUAUGCCAUUUACGGUAGUUGUUUUGCAGUUAGUAAGCAAGCUGACAACUUGUGGUGACCCUGGGCUGACAUCGCAUCUUCUGAAAAUGUGUUUAUUUCAGGGUCAGGAGCUUUACAGAACCUAAAGUAUCCCUUUUUUACAUGGCAGUAGUGAUCACCAACCACGUAUGCCUUUGUGCCUGUACACGCUGCUAACUUACUGGGAAUUGUUGAGUAAAUGUGCGACUGGAUAUAUGUGUCGUUUUGCUGUAAAAUGAACAGUCUGACAAAUACAAGUGAAGGUGGUUUAAAGGUUAAUGAGUCUGACAAAACCUCAAAUAAGUCAUUUUCUCUGGAAGUGUUUUGUAACUACUAAUGCCUUUGUGCCUGUACAAAAGGAAAGAACAGCUCACUGCUUUGGCAGAAACACAUCUUGUUUUACAGUUGUUAAACAAACCGGUCAGUCCACUGCAUUUCAUGCAUAGUGUUAUUGCAGCUAUCAAUGCCUCUGUGCCUGAGUAUGUUCAUUUACUUUGGAACACUGCUUUGGCAAAAGAAAAAACUGCAGUGGUCUUAGUCCACUGAUACCCAGGAGCAUUAACACAAGCUGCAAAAUGAGAGUCUUAUAAAAGGGAUUUUUAUGUGAUUUAUUCAAACUUUUAAGGGUUAAAAGUGGCAGCCCUUUGUGACACAGGUAUUUGCUGUUUUUUUUUUUUUUUUUUUUUUUGGUUUUUUUUUUAUCCUUUUAAAGGCUGAUGUAAGGACGACACAGAGAAUGUUUGCCUCUGUAUAUUUGGUGAAAAACGACAACGGCAGAUGUGGGAUCCUAUGCUCCAAACUCUGUCAACUCCAAAUGUUUAAACUGAAAAACACCUUUUUUAAAAUAUUUUUAUUUAUUUGACACCAGUUACGCUCUGAUAAAGAACGUAUCCAACUGUCUUUUCAAAGAUAAUUUAAUAGUUGAAUAGACACUCACCAAAUUCAAAAAAUCGGUGCAGAUCUUUAUCCUACAGUGUUUAGUUUUUUUUUUUUGCUUUACUUAAUUAUUUGUGAUUGUUAGUUGUAUUUAACACAGUAUGCUGUUGUAUUAAUUUGUGAUUAUUGCUGGAUGUAAAAUUUUUCACUUUUUUUUAGUAAUUUAUUGUAGCCUUGUUGAAAUUGUGUCCGACAGAAGGUAGAAAGUUUUCCCAGAGUAAUUGGAUUUCAGCCGUGACAAAAGGUUUCUUUAAAAUCUUCAUACACCAGCUUUAGUUUACAACCUGAAGGUGUUAUAAUCUUAUCACAUUUUCUUCUUGAACUCUAUUUUUCGCUCUUGAAUAAGUAGACGUUUAUGAUUUAGUUCUGCUCUUACGGAGGCCGUCUGGCCUGUUUAGCUGAGACUUCAUUACGAUUAUUGUCUUUUUUCUAUUUCAAUAACUGAGGUGCAGCUGGUGUUUUUUAAUAUUAUUGCUAUUGUUAUGAAGGUAAAAUCUUACAGUUAGCACUUUACUCUCUGGUUUGGUCUCCUUAGGAGACGCUACAUUUAUAAUGUAUAUUUAAAUGAAUGACGUGCCUACUAUACCUUCUUACUGACGACUGACGGCUGGGCUGAUGAGGUCGUGACCCCCAGUACACACUGUGUAUAGUCCUCACUCUGUAUGAAGUGUGCUCCUUCACCAGCUACAAAAAAAAUAAAGAUGAAAAUGAGA